UGUUACAUGUCUGUGGUGCUGCAGCGGCGCCGUCAGUGAAGGUGAACUCGGCUCCUCUCUGCCUCUCUCUGCCCGUCUGUGGAGGCUUGCGUGCCCGCUCUUCUUCUCCCGCUGCUCUGCCCCGGUCUCCUCCGCCCUUACCUGAGCCAUGUCCGUAUUCGGUGAGGUCCCGCAGGCGCCGCCCGUCGCCGUCUUCAAGCUGACCGCUGACUUCAGGGAGGACAGCCACCCACAGAAGGUGAACCUGGGAGUUGGAGCUUACCGUACCGAUGACUGCCAGCCGUGGGUUCUGCCCGUGGUGAAGAAGGUGGAGCGUCUGAUCGUUGAGGACGGCAGCUUGAACCACGAGUACCUUCCCAUCCUCGGCCUGCCCGAGUUCCGCUCUGCCGCCUCAAAGGUCGCUCUGGGAGAUGACAACGCCGCCAUCCAGGAAGGCCGGGUCGGAGCGGUCCAGUGUCUUGGCGGCACCGGUGCUUUAAGGAUUGGGGCAGACUUCCUGCGGCGGUGGUACAAUGGCGUCAACAACACGGCAACACCUGUCUAUGUCUCUGCACCCACCUGGGAGAACCACAACGGUGUGUUCACUGACGCGGGCUUCAAGGAAAUCCGUCCGUACCACUACUGGGAUGCAGCAAAGCGGGGUUUGGACCUCGCGGGGCUCCUGGAUGACCUGGAGAAAGCUCCAGAGCACUCCGUCUUCGUCCUCCACGCCUGUGCACACAACCCCACCGGCACAGACCCCACCCAGGAGGAGUGGAAGACCAUCGCAGAGAUCAUGAAGAGGAGGAAGCUGUUUGCUUUCUUCGACUCGGCUUAUCAGGGUUUUGCUUCUGGAGACUUGGACAAGGACGCCUGGGCCAUCCGCUUCUUCGUCUCCGAGGGCUUCGAGCUCUUCAUCGCUCAGUCAUUCUCCAAGAACUUUGGCCUUUACAACGAGAGGGUGGGGAAUCUGACCGUGGUUGCCAAAGACGGCGAGAGCCUGACGCGCACCCUGUCCCAGAUGGAGAAGAUCGUUAGAACCACCUGGUCCAACCCCCCUUCUCAAGGAGCACGCGUGGUCAGCAGGACGCUCAACAGCCCGGAGCUGUUUGCAGAAUGGAAGGGAAACGUGAAGACGAUGGCGGACCGAGUGCUGCUGAUGAGGUCUCAGCUGAGGAGCAAGCUGGAGGCUCUGGGCACCCCGGGGACCUGGGACCACAUCACUCAGCAGAUCGGCAUGUUCAGCUUCACCGGCCUGAACCCCAAACAGGUGGAGUACCUGAUCAAAGAGAAGCACGUCUACCUGAUGGCCAGCGGGCGCAUCAACAUGUGCGGCCUGACCACCAAGAACAUCGACUACAUCGCUCAGUCCAUUCACGAGGCCGUCACAAAAGUCCAGUAAAGUCUGUGCACUUCCUGUCUGCGGCAGAACCUUUUCCGUUCCUGUCUUUCUGUUCUGCCUCCUGAUUGGUUAAACUGCAGAUUAAUCAGUCGGGGGGCAGAUGUUUCUGCUUUCAUGUAAAGGAAAAAAUCCUUUAGGGAGGUGCAAUAGUCCUUUAGAAACCGUCUCCGGCAGCGGAGCGCCACACGCUGACGUCAGCAGAAACCUGCAUUUCCUGUUCUCCUCAGAUCCCACGUUCUCACUGAUGACAUUUUGCUGCACAGCAGGCUGACGGACAGGAGUUUAAAGAUCUCUUCACAAUAAGAGCACAGAUCAAAUGGAGCAGGAGACUUCCUGCCGAGUUCUGAACUCUGCUUUAGCCGACAAAUCAGGAAAAAAAAAAUCCUUUUACCCACAAUCUUUGGAGUUUUUUCAAAAAGUUACAGAUUUUAGUUUCAUUAUUUACAGUUUGUGUAGAUUCUCAAUAUAGUUCUUCAAGUUUCAGUCAUAGUGUCCUUUAUUUUCCCACAUUAACAGUAAAUUCAGCUUUAUAUUUGUGCACAUAAACCCAGAGUGUAAAGUGAGGCUUAAAGUUAAACAAAGCCAAAGCAAACAUCAUAACAGAGAGAAAAUAUUAUUAUUAUUUUAGUAAAUGAAACGUUCUGAUCUAUUUUUAAUCAAUUUUAAUUUAAUUUUUAUCUAAAAUGUUUUAUUGGUCAUCAAUCAAAGCGAAUGACUUCUGGAUCUGUUAAAGUGACCUUUUCGUUGUUUUGUGAUUUAACGUGGGCAGUUCUGAAACCGGCACGGUCUGUGAUGAACAGAACUUUUCCCUCCUUAGUCUGUUACACAUCCUCCAUCUUCCUUGUGAACUCCACACAAACCUGCUGAAUGUUCACGUCUUCCUGAUCCUCAUCAAACUGAUCCUGAUCAAACUUGAAAGGAUAUUUCAUGUUUUCCUGCUGACCUCUAGUGGAGACGGAAUUACCUGCAGGCGCAGGUGAACCUGGGAUUAACAUUUGGGGAUUUCAAAUCUAACUAAUCUCAGACUAUGUGACCUAAACAGACCUUCAGUUUAAUAAACUGUCACUAAGGUAACUAGUCUGACAGAAAAAUGUCUGCUUCUAUGUAGAAAAGCAAAAACAAACGGUAUUUAGAUCAAACACAAUCUGUAAACUCAACAGAAGAUGAAGACCUUAUAGAGGUAAAUCAUCGUUCCAGGUCAAAAGCACGUUUGUGUUGAAGUGAAGGACUGGAGGGUGUGAUGGUUGAAGAAACUGCCUCCUGUCUGUAGUCUGCCAGCCUCCAUUGUUGUGCCAUCACUGAACAAACUUCUUCCUGUUCCGUGGUUCCUCCCCGCCUGCAGUGUCCUUGUGUUCCACUCAGUGCAAAGUGGGUCGGUCAGGCGUCAGAACCUGGACCCGCCCACUGCAAUGAAGUACUGCUGUUUGUUUGUGCCCUAAUAAAUUAUCAACCACAUCAGA